AUGGCAUCGCCGUCGGGAAGCGCCGGGGACCGAGCCGAGCCUUGCGGGGGCUCCUCCUCUACUAUCUCCCCAAUCCGGCCGAUGCUCUCUUCAGCUCCUCCUCCUACUCUUCUCCCCCCAGUAUGGAGGGAAUUUGUGUGGGGAGCAAUUGCAGGCGCAUUUGGAGAAGGCAUGAUGCAUCCAGUUGACACCCUGAAAACAAGGCUUCAGAGUCAAGCUAUAAUGUCAGGUGCUAAGGCUCAGAAGAAUAUUUUCCAGAUGGUCAGGACAGUUUGGGCUUCUGAUGGACUGAGAGGUUUUUACAGAGGAAUUAGUCCAGGCGUUACUGGUUCACUUGCUACAGGUGCAACAUAUUUUGGUGUUAUUGAAUCAACAAAGACAUGGCUGGAGAACAAUAAUCCCAAUCUUAGUGGUCAUUGGUCUCACUUUAUUGCUGGAGGAAUUGGAGAUACACUUGGAUCUUUUAUCUAUGUGCCUUGUGAAGUUAUGAAGCAACGGAUGCAAGUCCAAGGCUCCAGCAAAUCUUGGGCACUAAAUGCUACAAAAGGAAAUGUUUCUCAAUCUCCUGGCACUCAGAUGUAUGGGUACUAUAAUGGAAUGUUCCAUGCUGGUUCUUCUAUCUGGAGAGAUCAUGGUGUGAAGGGACUCUAUGCAGGAUAUGGGUCUACGCUUGCCAGGGAUGUCCCGUUUGCUGGCCUAAUGGUAACUUUCUAUGAAGGGUUGAAAGAACUUACUGUGUAUGGGAAGAGGAAGUAUUUGCCAGACAGUGAUUUACAAGUCAGCAACUCUUUUGAAGGGCUUGUUCUAGGAGGAUUAUCAGGCGGUUUUAGUGCAUACUUGACAACCCCCUUGGAUGUCAUCAAGACAAGACUUCAAGUACAAGGAUCAACAACUAGGUACAAUGGAUGGCUGGAUGCUAUAAAAAAGACAUGGGAUGCUGAGGGAGUGAAUGGCUUAUUCAAGGGAAGCGUCCCUCGGAUAAUAUGGUAUAUACCCGCAUCUGCAUUCACGUUCAUGGCGGUGGAAUUCCUGAGAGAGCAUUUCAACGAGAAGGCCGAUACAGAUGCGGAGACGGCCUUGAACUAG